GGAAAAAAGAAAAAACAAUUUGAAAAAGAGAAAGAAAAAAGGAACUGUACUCAAUCUGCAAAUUGGGUUUUCAUUCUAUCAGUUCGUCUUGGAAUAUGUGAAUCGCCUCCACUAGGAUUCGAUUCGAACAUAGUUUGUACAAGCUCUAUAGGAAAGAGAUGGGAGAUUCUCAGAUUCUAAGCUCUAUCAAGAUUUUGUUGCUCUUUACUCUUCUUCACAGCUUCCCUUUUCAAGCUCAAGCUGCUGUCCCUGCCGCAGGAUCGUUGAUAAAGCACAUGUCUUCGGUUCUCAAGUGGACUACAGGUUCAUCAUCCUCUAAAACAUCCUCCCAUUCAGAUACCGCUAAUGUAGUUCAGUUUGAGAAUGGUUACUUGGUCGAAACCGUUGUGGAAGGAAACGAGAUCGGUUCCCUUCCUUACAAGAUUCGUGUCUCUGACGAUGGAGAGCUUUAUGCUGUUGAUGAAGUUAACAGCAACAUCAUCAAAAUCACUCCUCCCUUGUCUCACUACAGCAGGGGAAGAUUGGUGGCUGGAUCGUUUCAAGGUAAAACGGGACAUGCUGAUGGUAAACCAAACGAAGCUCGUUUCAAUCACCCCAGAGGUGUAACCAUGGAUGAUAGAGGCAACGUUUAUGUCGCUGAUACUUUGAAUCUCGCCAUCCGUAAGAUUGGUGAUUCUGGUGUUACUACAAUAGCUGGAGGGAAAUCGAAUGUAGCUGGUUUCAGAGAUGGACCAAGCGAGGAUGCUAAGUUCUCCAACGACUUCGAUCUUGUUUAUGUUCGUCCUACUUGCUCCUUGCUGGUUAUUGACAGAGGUAACGCUGCUCUUCGCCAGAUCUCCCUUGCUGAAGAGGACUGCGAGUAUCACUCUAGCUCUAUCUCUUCUACUGAUAUCCUCUUGGUUAUUGGUGCUGUUGUCAUUGGUUACGCUACUUGUUUGCUGCAGCAAGGUUUCGGACAUUCUUUUGUCUCUAAGACGGUUUCUGUUUUUUUUUUAAUAUUACAGUCAGAAGCGAGCUUUGAAGAGGAGCAACCAGGCAAAGAGAAACUUUCUCGACCUGUCCUUGAGACAACAACAACAACAACAACAACAACCAAGGAAGAACCUGGCUGGCCAUCAUUUGGGCAACUCCUUAUCGAUCUCUGCAAGCUCGCACUCGAGUUUUUGACCAGCAACCUACUCCCAGCCCGAUUCAAAACCAGCUCCAAUCUAAGGCCACUAAAAGAUAGACUCAAAAUGCCUGAAGACGAGCAGGAACAGGGACCACCUUUAGUCCAAAGGCAUACUGCACCAGCACCAGUCUCUGAAUCCCGACAUGCCCACUUGCCUAAAUCCAGUGACAGUUACCCGGAACAUAAGACCUCGAAGACGAGGUCAAGUAGUGCAACAAAAGAUCCAUCAUCCAAACACCAUCGGUCCUCAUCAAAACGGCAGGAGUAUGCCCAGUUUUACGCCUCGGGAGAGGUUGCACCACCACCAAAGGUUCAUAAAGAGCGAUCAAGGCGUCGCCAUAGAGAUAAGACAACAACCGAGACAGCUGAACCAAAGACUACAACAGCAGCAUCAGAUACGGUGAAGCCGGUAGAGUACAGUAAUAGUUCAAAGUUUGAUCAUUUCAAUAUGAGGAACAACAAGUACGGACCUGAAACUCCAUUCCGCUUCUAGAAAAAAAUAAAAUCACAUCCUCAUGAGAAGUAGUACCCUUUGAGCCUUUGCCUUGGUGGGAGAUUACUUAUGUUUUUGUAGUUUCAGAGCCAAAAAAAAGGGAUAAAGAAUUGUCUACUGUAAUGAAAGAUUAUUGAUUUGUUUCUUGUUGUGUAUCUGAGCUUAGCUGCUGUCAUAUCCUGGAUUGUUUAUUUUACACGAAUUCACAU